AAUUUAUAUCAUGUUGACCGCCGGUGCGGAGUUUUUUGUUUUAAUUUCUUUGCUCUGUUUUCUCGAUUUGUUUGUAUGAUUUUAUGAAUAUUUCUGAUCUUCAGGGACUAUUCCCUGAAUAUUAAUAUUAAGAAAAUGUCGGCUAGUUCUUCGAACGAUUGCUUAAUUGUUGAUGGCGAAGAUUACAUACCUACGGAGGAAGAAGAGAUAGCAGCAAUUGACUUUGAGCUGCGACAGAUCGAAAGAGAACAACAGAAACUCGCAGACCAAAAACAGAUCCUGAUCCAAAGGAAAGAAAAAAUACGAGACAAUGCUCUUUUAAAAAAGAGCCUUACCCUCUCCAGGAAAAACUGGGAUACCGAGAACUUUUCCUGGUCCAAGAAUCUAAGAAAAGCUCUCACGGAGGUCUUCAACAUCAAAGACAUGAGACCCUUACAACUCCCAACGAUUAACGCCACCAUGUCUGGUGAGGACGUCCUUCUAGUCAUGCCAACUGGAGGUGGCAAAAGCUUAUGUUAUCAGCUUCCAGCCGUUAUUGGUAAAGGAAUAACAAUCGUCGUUUCGCCCCUGGUAGCUCUGAUGGAAGAUCAGCUUCACGGUUUGCAUAAAAACAACGUAAAAGCGAUGAUGCUGAGUUCAAAGGCAGGAAAAGAAAACGUGAAAACAAUCAUGACUUCCCUCGUCGACAGUAAAUCGGGGCUUAAGUUGAUCUAUGUGACACCUGAAUACAUGGCCAAGUCCAAUCGAUUCAUGAGCAAAUUGCAAAAGGCCCACGAAAUGAGACGACUUGAUCGUUUUGCAAUUGAUGAAGUUCAUUGUUGUAGUCAAUGGGGUCAUGAUUUCAGGCCGGAUUACAAAUUCCUUGGAAUUCUCAAGUCUAUGUUUCCCGGAGUUCCAAUUCUUGGACUAACAGCUACUGCACCUGCAAAAAUUAUUGUCGAUGUUCAGAAGAUGCUGGAGAUUCAAGGCUGUCUUGUUUUGAGGGCACCUUUUAACAGACCGAAUUUGUUCUACGAAGUUAGAAGGAAGCCUGCGGAUAAGGACACGUGCCUUGCGAUGAUCGAGAAUUUAUUGAAGAACAGGUUUGAGGGUAAGAGUGGAAUAAUCUACACAACAACGAUAAAAGACGCCGAGCAGUUAACAACAGACCUAAGAGCCAAAGGAUUGAAGGUGGGUUGUUACCACGCAGUUCUCGAACCCGAAUUUCGAACCCAGGUCUAUUCGAAAUGGAUAUCUGGUUCUUACCAAGCAGUGGUGGCAACGAUAGCCUUUGGUCUCGGAAUCGACAAACCAGACGUUCGAUUUGUUAUUCACCACUGCCUCUCCAAGUCGAUGGAAAGCUAUUACCAAGAGAGUGGACGUGCAGGACGCGAUGGCAAGAAAUCGAGCUGCAUUGUUCUCUACAAGCUGUCGGACGUCUUUAAACUCAGCACGAUGGUCUUUCAAGAUAAAGUGGGUUUACAGAAUCUGUAUAACAUGCUAGCCUUCUGCCUUAAUUCAUCGUCCUGCAGAAGAAGUCUGAUCGCGACUCACUUCGAGGAAACCUGGACGAAAAAAGACUGUGCUGAGAUGUGCGACCACUGCAAGAAACCGAAAGAAAGAAGAGAAAUAGACGUGGGGCCUUACUGUCGGCAACUUUAUACGAUAAUGACGAAAGCUGUUCAGAGUGAGACGAGACUCACUGCCUUGAAAUUGUUAGACUCUUGGUUUAACAAAGGCGCUGUUGCUUUGAGAGUCACAAGCAUUCCGAUUCCGAAAUUUUCGAGGGAAACUGGGGAAGCGAUCGUUGGACAUUUGUUGGUUAAUGGAUAUUUGCAGGAAGAUUUUCACUUCUCGGCUUAUUCGACGAUUUCUUAUAUUAAAAGGGGACCAAAAGCGGGAGUGGCUCUUGCCAAUGAUCACAAGAUUUUGUUUGAAUAUGAGAAAUGUUAAUUUGUUCAGUAGAUUUUUUCUUGUUUUAACGGCAGAAAAUGGACAUGAGGUUUGUCCAGUUGAUUUAUUGUACGACUUUCAAUUUGUGUGCGAUUCUUAUUCUAAUUAGUUAGGUUUUUACUGAUCGAGUAUUAAAGCCCUUUUUAUAAAAGGUCUUUUAAGAAUAAUUAUAGCCGAGGGUCUUUACAUCUGAAUUAAAUUCUCACUCAGUAAAUUAAUGAAGAAAAUUUAGAACAAGUUAUAGACUAAUUUUGUACAACAGCUAGGAAUUUUUUAUACCUAUAAAUAAAUUAGUAAAAUCUUAUUGCCUAAAAAAGUCUGAAAUUAAUGUAACACUUGAUUAUAAGAAGAUUUAAUUUUUUUUAUAUUUGAAUAAACAAUGCUGAUUAAUAAA